UGGCGCCGCGUCGGCUUCCGGCCCAACCUGCCGGAAGUGGAAGCACAGGCUUCCCAUAAGGCCUCGCGGCGCGCCUAUUCAAACCGCAAGGCGGAGAGGAGGUCGCGAUGGCAGCUCCGGAGCCGGAAGUGCGGUCCUUGACCGCAGCCCCAGGUUUGGAGUGGUAUGAGGAGGCGGAGGACUCCCACGCCCCCCACAUAGAACUCCUGGACACGACCGCCGCCCCGGAACUUCCCAGCCGCUCCGAGCCUUUUCGCCCCCGCCAUGGCCUGGUGCCCGUGGUGUUCCCCGGGCCUGUCAGCCAGGAAGGCUGCUGUCAGUUUACGUGUGAAUUUCUAAAGCAUGUCAUGUACCAGCGCCUGCAACUCCCUCUGCCCUACGAGCAGCUGAAGCACUUCUACCGACAGUCUUCUCCCCAGGCAGAGGACCUGGUGAAGAAGAAACCUUGGGCCAUCACUGAGGCAAGCAGCAGGAAAUGCCAGCAAACCCUGGAAGAACUGGAGAGCGUCCUCAGCCACCUAGAGAGCCUCUUUGCCCGGACCCUAGUGCCACGAGUGCUGAUCCUCCUUGGGGGCAGUGUUCUAAAUCCCAAAGAAUUCUACGAGCUUGACUUGUCUCGCUUGGCCCCCAGCAGCGUGGACCAGAGGGUGAGCACAGCAGCUUGUUUGCGCCUUAUCUUCCGCGCCAUUUUUAUGGCCGAUGCCUUCAGUGAGCUUCAGGCUCCUCCACUCAUGGGCACCAUGGUCAUGGCUCAGGGGCACCGCGACUGUGGAGAAGACUGGUUUCGACCCAAGCUGAACUACAGAGUGCCCAUGCGGGGCCACAAACUGACUGUGAGCCUGUCCUGUGGCAGGCCCUCCAUCCCGGCCACAGCCUGGGAGGAUUACAUCUGGUUCCAGGCACCAGUGACACUGAAAGGCUUUCACGAGUGAAGGGGGCCGCUUCUUAAUCGUGAGCACGUGGCUAAUUAUCUUUCCUUCUCUGGCACCAAGUCACCCGGCCCUUGCUUGGAAGUGGAGUUGCUUCCUGACGAGAGGAAGGUUCUGUCCUGGCUGCCUGCCUCCCCUUCUCAGACUUCCUGGUGAGCUGAUGGUGUGACUGGGCCUGUAAUCAUCAUCACUGAGCACCAUCUCUGUGAAUCAGAGGUUGACCGGGUCACACUUGACUGUUUGGGGUUGGAAAGCAAAUGCGGGCCCAUAGACACUAUUAUGGAGGUGCCUUUUUCUGUGGCCUUUCCGAAUUUUUACCAGAGGCAUAAAUGUUGGUGUGACUCAUGAAUUUAAAUAUAAAAUGAAUGAAUAUAUAUUAAAUUUUCCCGAAACUCUUGGCUUAAAGAGA